UAGAAGAAAAUAAAAAAUAAAAAAAGACGAACCAAACACAGCUCAUCUAUAUUAUUUUCAUUUUAAAAAAAUAUAUAUACUAAUAAUAAAAAUGUUAAAAAAAAAAAGAAAAAGAAUUUAUUGCCACAAUCCGAGCCGCCCAUCUAUAUAAUAAAUGUGCGCGGGAAGCAACGUGCGUAAAUUAAAAGGCGGGAAGCUCCACUAGAGAGAGAAGCCACUUUGAUCUGCUUCAAUAUAUCGCAGAGACACAGAUAAGUCUAAACCAGAAGUAUAUUUCUGCUCAUGGAUAGGUAUCUAUUUCCUCUAGAUCCAUCUACUGAAAACCCUAAAUGUAUCAGAAGACCUAGAUGGAAGAGGGCUCUAAUGGAAUUGAACGGAAAAUUCGAACCCAAGUAUCGCCACGACAUGUCUCAUCUUUUGAUGCAAUCCUAUUCCGAGAUUGGAGCGUUUGGUCAUUCAUAUCAUAUUGAUGGAUUACCAUGUCAAACCCAUAUGAGUUUGAUUACUAAUGCUGGAUUCAUGGACAACCCAGCACCAUUGAGAAAAGAGGGGGUCUCUGCACUGGAAUUUGACAACAAGGGAAUAUACUUGGCAUCAGUGACAAAAUUAGGGUGCUUAAUGGUCCAUGACUUUGAAACUCUUUAUUGCCAUGGUACUAAAUUAUCGACUUGCAACAAAGUUUUGACCUUUUCUUAUGUUUUAUUGAAGUUUAAAUUGCUUUCUUUCUUCUUUGCCCAUCCAGUAAACUCAAAAUAUCCUGUAGGUUUGAAGGAAGAUGAAACAAAACAUUUGCUGCACAUUUCUACACAUCAACAACUCGAUGUUGUCCGAUGGAAUAGUGCUAACCAAGAUGAGGUUGCUUGCACAUCUACUAAAAGUAGUGAAGUACAUAUCUUUGAUAUUGGGUAUGUCUCUUCUGAACCAGUUGAAGUGUUAAGAAUGAGGCCUACUGUCUCUGUUCAUGGUUGUGAUGUUCAUAAAGUUUUAUCUGAUAUAGCUUUUUCUUUAACAGACAAAUCAAGGUUAUAUGCUUCCGACACGCACGGUGUAAUAAAUGUAUGGGAUAGAAGAAUCAGUGAUCUUCCAUGUCUUGGGCUCACAACUAACUGCAAUAGCACCAUUAACAGUAUCCAGUUAAAUAUGGAAAAUCAGAUAAUUGCUGGAGCUAGCAAGAAUGGGAUAAUAUAUAUGUGGGAUCUUCGUGGUGGAAGAUCAUCUGCUGCUUUUCAAAGUCACAAGGAGGUGUAUAAUUAUCCUCUAACAUCUGUGAAAUUAGCGUCAAUGCUGGAGAAAAUUUGGUCUCUGAAGGCACAAUCCAAUAUUGUUUCAAAGGAAAUACACUCAAUUAGUGUCAAUCCAUCUUGCCCGUACCAAUUGGCAUUUCAUUUGGAUGAUGGCUGGUCGGGUGUUUUAGAUAUCCAUAAUUUGCAAGUGACGCAUAUUCAUUGCCCUCCGCCGUCUUGGUUGGAUGGCUUAAAUGAUUCGUCCAAUCUAUCAUACUUGAGAAAACCGUCAUGGUUACCAAUUAAUUCAAUUUAUGCAGCUGGAUCAUCAACCCAUAAUGGAAUUCAUCUUUUAGAUUUUUAUCCAGAUUCCACUUCUCCUUGCCAUGUGGAUUACAUUGAGGAUAUGCAAAGCAUUCCUGGUGAAAAAAGCCAGCAUAAGCAAAACAGAUUUAUUCCCUUAUCUGAGAGUGUUACUGCAUGUGCCACUCAUCCCCUCAAUGGAACCAUUAUAGCUGGAACCAAGCAAUCGUCGUUGCUGAUGAUCUCCCAAAGGCAAGAGUCAUGCUGAGAUGGAGGUAAACGUCUUGAAGGUGAAGGCUGUUUAAAGGUGGCGAGAAGUUCUCAAUAUCACGUCGGAAAUCUCUUCAAGUCAAGAACAAUUGCAUAAGUUUUUCAACAGCCGAAGAGAAAGGAAGUGCUUGAAGCUCUUUAGUCUGGAGCACCAUUGUAAUCAGUUCAGCAAUCGAAUCUCGGACUGAAGGAAGGUUUAAAUUCUUCACUUCUCAUUUCUCAAACAAUAUUGUUUUUGACAACUACAUUGGAGUCCAACUAGUGGUUGACUAGUUCACUCUUUUUCUGGUUUUUGUUUAACUUACCGGUAACAAAAGGCAAAAUGUACAGAAAACAAAGCUGAAAAACUCAUUUCAGAAGGAUCCAUCAUUCAUUUAAAAGAUAAUUCUAUCCAAAUACAACUACUUUUAAGCACUUCAUAUAUAUUGUGAUUGUUUCUUUCACUGCACAUGGAUUUGAUCUGAAGCCAGGGACCUAUAUCCAGAGUUUUAUCUAUACUAGUAGAAUCAAUGUGCUUCGCACGCGUUGAAAAAUGUUUGUAAUUUUUUUAUUUUUCAUUUUUAUUUUUAUUUCUAGAAUUAUUCUCCUGUGUUUCACUCAUGAUAUGAUAAUUUCAUCUAAAAUACGUACUUAAUUAAAUAUAUAUUUUCAUAUAACUCUUCUUUUUUUUUUUUCGAUAAUUGAGGUGUCCAAAGCUUUGCCUAUUAUCACAUAAUUUUUCUUAUAUUAUACAUAUAUGUAUAUUAUGAAUGUAAUAUCUAAUAUAUAUUAUAUUACUCAGAAACAAAUGUAAUUUUGGUAUUUAAUCUGGGGAGGUCGUCUUCACGGAUCCAAAUCUCAUAAUAAUUUACCAAUUUUCUAUUCCCAAGCUUGACUGAAUUUUUUUAAUAGUUUAU